ACGUUGCCAAAGCAUUCAUACCAUUGGUGUGGUUCAGGCAGUGCAUUGGCGUGUAGGGCAAAGUCGAGUGCAUUCCACCAAUGGCCCCACGUAAAUUCUUGGACAACAUGACUGGCCAAAAUGGCAUCGUCCCGGUGGUGGUCGUGGACACGGCGGAGAAGAAGACGCAAUCUCUUGACGCUGACGAGUUCCGGCGUCAGAGUCACCAGGUAGUUGACGUGAUCACCGAGUACUAUGACCGCAUGGGCGACUACCCCGUGCACCCCAGCGUUACCCCUGGUUUCCUCCGCAACUUGCUCCCCCCGGACGCACCCUUCCGUCCGGAGCCGGACGCGUUCAGCUCCGCGCUCAAGGACGUCCGGGACAUCAUCCUCCCAGGCUUGACGCACUGGCAGAGCGCCCGCCACAUGGCGCACUUUCCGGCGUCGAGCAGCACCAUCGGCGCCCUAGGGGAGGCGCUCACCGCGGGCAUCAACGUCGUCCCGUUCACAUGGGCCGCCUCACCGGCCGCCACCGAGCUUGAAAUGCUGGUCGUGGACUGGCUCGGGAAGGCGCUGCACCUGCCGGAGAGUCUCCUCUUCGCCGGUGGUGGCGGUGGAACUCUUCUUGGUACCUCUUGUGAGGCGAUACUCUGCACUCUUGUGGCCGCGAGGGACCGGAAGCUCGCCGAGAUCGGCGGGAACAGGAUCUGCGACCUCGUCGUCUACUGCUCCGACCAGACACACUUCGCCUUCCGCAAGGCCGCACGCAUUGCCGGCAUCCUGCGUGACCACUGCCGCGCCAUACCCACGUGCCACCACAACAUGUUCGCUCUCUCGCCCACGGAACUGCAAGCGGCCAUGCAGGCUGACGUGGAAGUCGGGCUGGUGCCACUUUUCUUGUGCGCGACGCUGGGGACGACCCAGACGACCGCCGUCGACCCCAUCGGCGAGCUGUGCGCUGUCAGUGCACCACACGGCGUGUGGGUGCACGUGGACGCCGCCUACGCCGGCUCCGCGCUAGUCUGCCCGGAGUUCACCCACGUGAUCGACGGCGUGGAGGCCGUCGACUCGUUCAGCAUGAACGCCCACAAGUGGCUCCUUGCCAACAACGACUGCUGCGCCAUGUGGGUGAAGAAGCCGAGUGCGCUGGUGGCGGCGCUCGGCCCGGAGCAGGAUUUGAUCCUCAAGGACGCGGCAUCGGAGGGGCACAACGUGGUCGACUACAUGGACUGGACCAUAACGCUGACCCGCCGGUUCCGCGCGCUCAAGAUGUGGCUCGUGCUCCGCUGCUACGGCAUCCAAGGCCUGUGCAACCACAUCCGCAAUCACGUCCGCAUGGCCGAGGCAUUCGAGAAGAUGGUCAAGGCCGACGAAAGGUUCGAGGUGGUGACGGACAGGAAGUUUGCGCUGGUGUGCUUCCGGCUCCGGUCACCGGACAAAUUCGGCGGGGCCGACAAGCAGGCGGUCAACCAGCUCAACCGACGCCUCCUUGAGGAGGUGAACGCUGCCACCUCAGGCCCCUACAUGAGCUCGGCAAACGUAGGUGGCAUGUUCAUACUAAGGUGUGCCAUUGGAAGCACACUCACAGAGGACCACCACGUGAGCGAUGCAUGGAAGGUUGUGCAGGAUCAGGCCACCAUAAUCCUUGGUCAUUGAGAUGGACAUUAUCUGGAGCGUGCAUACAACUUGGGUAAGUAAGGUAAAUAAACAUGCAGCUCUAAGUAUAACUAAGCUACGUACUUGGUCCCAAAUAAUUUGAUGGUGCAUUGAAUCAUGAAAAUUAAUAUAUUGUACUUAGUGAAUCUUGAUGGAGAUGCUCAAUGUAUGUAAUGAUGUGAUGUAGUAUAAGCUACUAGCUGUAAUCCCUGACGUGUGUACAUGUUUUAUUCGACCGUGCAAGCUG